AUGAUCAGAAGAGGAGCGAAAGAUAAAUUGACUAGUUACUUAUAUAUUCUAUAUUUUUGUGGUUUCGUCAACAUCCUCGCUAUACUCGACCUAGUCUUUUUCCAAGUCCUACCCAACCUAGUUUGGAGAGAAUUCUUCUACAGCUUGGGAUCAGCUGGGGCGAGAAUCUAUUAUAUGAUCCUUUUCGGUUGCGAAAUCUUCAUACUACUUUGUGAAGCAUUUAUCGCCGUUUCCCGAUAUUUGACAUUUAUUCGUAGUGACCUAACCAGUAAUUACUGGAACACUGAUAGAAUUAAAUACUGGUUGUUGGCAAUCGUUGGCGUCUCUGUUGCUUAUGCUUCAACUUAUUUUUUCUGUGAUUUUUGGACCGCCUGGGAUGCCGAUAAGAAGGUCCGCUUUGAAUUUGCCUCUGGAAACUUGGACUGGGUUGCAUUUUCAAUGUUCUUUCCAUUCACUGUAGCUACAAUUUCAUUUCUCUGUUGCUUAUAUUGCUAUUGGAAAGUUGCAACAAUAUUAAGGGGAUCUCAAACGGGUCUAACGCGACCAACAGCAGUGAAAAUGUGUCUAUCGUCUGCAAUUAUCUCUUUUGGAAGUUUCUUGUCGCUACUAGUUAGAAUUGUAAAUCAUCUAUCCUACGUCAUUCUCCAGCAUGAUUUGAUUCCUUAUGCAAUUUUUUAUCUGAUUGUAAGAGUAGGUGCAUUGAUAGCGACUUGCGGUAAUCCUUGGAUACUGAUAGCACUGUUUCCAACGGUCAGGGAAAAAGCUUUCCCUUGUUGGAAAAGGAACACUACAACUGCCGUGGGAAUGGUGUCCACUAUCCCAGCAAAAGCAAAUUACCAGAGCAUGACAGUAACUCAUAAUAAAUGA